AUGUUACUCUCUACGCUCCUCGCCGCGAGCUUGGCCAUCGCAAGCACCUCUGCCGCCUCUCCUCCCUUUGGCAAGCACAUAAAAAACGUCGUCACCUUCGGCGACUCGUACACAGACAGCACCGAGUUCAUCGUGACAGGAGGAACGACCUGGCCCGAGUACCUCGCGGAUUACGCCCACCUGAACCUCUUCCCGUUCGCCAUCUCCGGCGCGACGUGCAACAACCUCUCGACCCCUCGCUUGCUGUUCCCAGACGUGCUACACGACGAGCUCGGCGCGUACUUCAACCUCACGAAUAACCACACCGUAUCGCUCAAGCCCGACGAGACGCUGUACACUGUCUGGAUCGGCACGAACGAUGUCGGUGCGGGAGAGCUGAUCACAGGACAGUCGACUCCCGGCGUGAGCAUCGUGAACGUCUCGCAAUGCGGCCUCCAGGUCAUCGAGACCUUGUACAACUCUGGAGCACGCAACUUCCUCUUCCAGAACAUGGUACCCCUCGACAAACUGCCGAUGUACUCAGCCGAUGCGUACCCGGACAAGUACUGGACCGCGCAGAGGAACACGACGGAAUGGAACGUGUUCAUGAAAGAGCUCGUCGCGGCCGGGAACGAGCUCUCCAAGCUCUACAUCGAACUCACGAUCCCGAAACUGAAGGGCGCCACGAUCGGCUAUUUUGACUCGCACGCGCUCUUCACCGACAUGGUCGACCACCCGGCGCUCUACCUGAACGGCACCGCGCUGCUGAACGUGACCGGCGCCGCCUCCGCGUGCGUGUACGCGCUGAACGAGAGCACGUCCGACCCGGGCGUGUGCACGGUCGCGACGGGGUCUGAUAAAGACAGCUUCUUGUGGUUCGACGAGCUGCAUCCGAGCGAGCAGGCGGAUCGGAUCGUGGCGAGAGAGAUCGCCAAGGCGUUGAACGGGACGAGCGAGCGGUGGACGACGGUGUUCAGAGGCUGAGAGCGCCGAUGCGCGCAUGUAUUACCGAUAGAUCGCGACAAUCACACGGAUGUUUG